AUGGCAGCCCGCAACACCCUCCGCCGCUCCCUCCUCUACGUCCCGGGGUCAUCCCAGCGCUUCCUGGACAAGUCACGCUCCCUCACAGCCGACUGUGUCGCCUAUGACCUCGAAGACAGCGUCACACCACACAUGAAAGCAGAAGCCCGCGGUCUAGUGCGGAGAGCAAUCGACCAAGCAGCACCAGCAGGAAUCCGCGAACGCGCCGUGCGAAUCAACUCCGUAGACAGCGGCCUGGCACUGGGUGAUCUGACAGAAGUGCUCCAAUCCCCAAACCUCUCAACAAUCGUCAUCCCAAAAGUAAACUCCGCCUCAGACCUCACCUUCGUCUCAGACGUGAUAACCCACACCCUCUCCCAACAACCCACACAUAACCAAAGCAGACCACCAAUCUCCCUACUAGCCCUAGUAGAAUCCGCUAAAUCCCUGACAAACCUAUCCCAAAUCUGCGCCGCAACGCCCCUCCUCCAAGGACUGAUCUUCGCCGCGGAAGACUUCGCCCUAGACCUAAGUAUAACGCGCACACCAAGCCUCCGUGAAUUCCUCUUCGCGCGCUCUGCAAUCGCGACGGCGGCGCGGGCCGCCGAACUCCCUUCUACCAUUGACUUGGUCUGCACAGCGUAUAAGUCUGAGAGUGCCGAUGGGGCUCCGCCGGCUGUGUUAAGAGAGGAGUGUCUUGAUGGGAGGAGGCUUGGGUUUAAUGGGAAGCAGUGUAUUCAUCCCAGUCAGGUGAAGAUUGCUGAUGAGAUUUUUGGACCGGAUAGUGCUGAGACGGAGUGGGCUGUUCGGGUUGUUGUUGCUGAUGAGAAGGCUGCUAGGGCGGGACGGGGGGCUUGGACGCUUGAUGGGAAGAUGAUUGAUGUUCCAGUUGCUAUGAAGGCUAAGGCUAUUGUUCGAAAGGCUGAAGAGUGUGGGGUUGAUGUUGUGGAGUUGAGGGGGAAGUGGGAGCAUCAGGAGCCUGAGUAG